AUGGAGAUUUAUUGGAGUCCUUCAAAUUACACCAAAGCUGGCAUUGAUCAAGGUGUCUAUGGAAUCAUUACAAUUUUACCAGCUUUUCCACCAUUUCUUUUCCUUCUCUACAUCCAAUUCACAAAAAAAGAACUCUUCUCAGCCUACAAGUAUUCAGUUUUUGCGACAAGUUAUAUUUGUUUCUCGGCGCAUAUGGUCAAUUUAAUGUCUUUCAUUUGGUUGUACUAUGCUGCAACUGUGCAACCACCGACAAUCGCGUUGCUUUGUUAUUUCGGGAAAUCUUUCGGAUAUUUCCUCUCUCAAUACAGCUAUUGUUAUUUAUUGGUGCUAGCCCUAUACCGUUUCUGCACAAUCGUUCUCCAUUUCGAGCUCCCCAUUUGGGCAUUAAUUCCACUGUUUCUUGGUGCUUAUUCGAGAGUGCUAAUUCACAUCAUUUGUGCGCUCUUUUUCGGCGAAAUCGGAUACAAUGACUCGUGCAAUCCGAUUUUGACAACGAAUUUUCUUGGCGGAUACAUGACAGUUCACUUGUGGUUGAUCGGUUGCGAUCUUGUGGCAUCAGUGUUGAAUGCGGGAAUUCUCCUUCAUUUGAGGCUUCAUUAUAAGCAACUGAAAGGAAAAUCCCAGUCACUGGCUCAACAAAAAGCCCGAAGAAAUCUCCAAAUCGGUCUCCUCAUCUCAUCAAUUUGGCCAGUUCUCACGCAGAGCUUCACCGCUUGGCAAAUCACGGCAGCUUUAUUAAAAAACCCGAUCCCUUGGUAUCUCAACACUUCCUGCAUGCUCUUUGUCCGUUCUCCAUCUUACUUCCUCGCAGUCACCACCCCAUUUUUGUUCAUCAGAGCGUUUCAAGAUGAAUUCAUCUUUCUCAUCACCCGCAAGCGUACCUCCCAACUGUGCACAAAUAUCCAAACCGUGGCUACGAUAACCGCCUCAAAAGAUCAUAAAGUUCAACCAAGUGCCUUU